CCAACGGUCCCGGGAUAAGGGGUCCUGGAGCUGCGGAUGGGGCUGUCACGCGUUUCCAAACGGUUUUAGGGUGUUGAAGGGGAGCCAUCGUCUUGAGGAGUGGGGGGGGUUACCCCUCUCCUACGACUCUAGGGGGCGGCCGUUCUUCUUUCCCCAUCCUGACAGUCUCAGCUUUUUUGGGGAUGCUCGGAUGACCCACACGGGUGGUUCAUCCCCAUGGACAUGGGGAGGGGGACGACACAGGGUACCCUGUGGUCCUUGGUGGAGAUCAGCCCUAUCUCAGCAGCCCUGUGAUCCUGGAUGGGCCUGGGCUAACCCAUGGUCACCCCCCCUCCUCCCUCCCCAAUCCCAGCGUAUCAGGUUUUUGGGGUGGGGGGCCCCACAGUCCUGGGAGGGAUGAUCCUGGGCUGGGGGGUCCAGGCUACCAGAGGGACCUUGGAUGAGAUGUCAGCCCAGUCGCGUGACCUGGGAAUGGUGGUUCUUUCUGUUUUCCACCUUCCUCUUAGCAGUGUUGGUAUGUGGGGGGAUUACCCCACCCCAACAGCCCCAGGAUACUAGGGGGAGGAGCCCAGGGUUAACCCACAGUCGCAGGAUUGGGAAGAUCACCCCCAUCCGAGCAGUUCAGCAAUACUGGGAGGGACGUGGGGCACCCCAUGGUUCUGUGAUGGGGGGAUUCCCAAUCGGUUUGGGGUAUGCCCCCCCUUCCUUAUCUCCAUAGCACCCCCUGCCCUCAAGGGCCACAUGGUGCUGGGGUGCUGCCACCCAGGAGGUGGGUACCCCAGGCCCAGGGCAUCCUUUUCUGCCCUGGCUGCCCCUGGCCCUGCCACUCAGAUCCCUCGAUGGAGGAUGUGAAGCCUUUUGCUGCCUCAGGGGUAGGAGCCUGUGUUUGGUGUGUCUGGAGCACCAGCAGCAGCGGGGAAUGGGCUUUCAGACCAGGGUCCACGUUUCGAUCCCUGUGAAACCUGUCUAGAUCUGCAGCAAAGACGCCUUCGAGCCUUGUGCAAGACUACUGUGAAUUUGCUAAGUGGCUCCACGCUUUCUAUUUUUGGGCAAAUUCUCAAACAUGUUUCCUUCCUUCUGUGAUAAAGGCCUUUUUUGGUAACACAAGAACUGAUUAUCUUCAUGUUCCUGAAUUUUAAUCAUUGGCUUGAGCAAGCUGGUAGCGCGUCCUCCUGACGCGGUUGUAACGAUCCCACUUUUGGCUACCAAUUAUGGCCCGACAUGGAAUCCUGCCCUCCACCACCUGCUCAGGGGCGGAUGCUGCAGCCCCAGGUACAAAAUGCCCCCAUUCAGCUCAGCCUUAGCACGUAAGUCCAGCCUUAACAAACCUGAAGCUGAUUGUCGAUCUUGCUGAAAAACUGCCUGAUGGAAGAAUCCUGUUUGAGUCGAUUGCUGGAGUUUUCUCCCCAUUCGACACCUGUUAAUGUGCUAUUUAUAGAGCUCCAGCAGCAGCCCUUACAUAACCAUUGAGACAGAGGAAUAUUUUUUUUCCCCUCCUUCCAUUUCCUCCAACCAGGUUUGUCUUCUUACCUCCCAGUUCCCUUUCAGAGUUUCCAGGAGGCAUUCCUUUGUUUUCCCCACCAUUCAAUGCCCUAGACUUUGUCCAUAAGGCAUGCUAUCUCCUUUUAAUCCUGUUUUUACAAGUAAUUACUGUCGUGAAAGCACGCAAAGAACUUGUAGCAUGCUUUGGUGUUGGAUGUGUUCACUACAUCCCUCCCUGCAGAGCUCUUUUGCUCCUGCUAAGCUGUGUGUGGUUUGAAGUAGAUCUGGGCUGUCUCUUGGUUAAACAGAAGAGCAUACAUCUUGACUUACAUGCUGCUUUUGUCACGUUCUUCUUUUGCACCUACUUGUAGAAAAGGUUUUAAGCUUUUGUCACCUUUUUUACUCUGGAGAGUACAGGGAAGUGAUUACGAAAGGUAAGCAGGCAGCUAGCGGGAGCUGGUGCCAGGGUUGUGCUGCUCUGUUUGCUUUCUCAAGCGGACUGUUUCUAUCGAGGGUUUCUCAAUAGGGGCAUUUCUCAAGCAGUGUCUACAAAAGAGUCUCGUUGAUGGCUUAACAGCUCAAAAAAAAAAAAAAAAAGCUGUUCGUGUUUUUGCUGCCUCGUGAUGGGUAAAGACUCUUUAAACAUCUAAAAUUUUGUGUUGGAUAAGGGAAAGGAAGGAGCUAUUUUUAGGUGUUUGUAAGCUUUAGAAAGAUCAAAAAUGUCAAAUAUAGGUGGUGUGCAGUUUGUUCUUCUCCUCGUUGGAAAUCAUCAUGUCCACAUUUAAAUUUCUUUGUUUUCAUCAGGCUCUUGGGGUUAAGUGGAUAGAAACAAUCUGGAAACCUAAAUAUAUCUUUGCUUCUCGCAUGCUCAGCAUUUAUGCUCUGUCUUAAGCUAUAAUUUUCCCAGUGUACCAGUCACAGUAGAGGUGGUUUUUUCGUAUGGAGAGGUUCAGAGUUUCUAAUAUGUAUUUUAAAAAAAAUACAACAGAAAACCCUAAUAUCCUGAAUCCCUUUGUGUCAUGUGGGGGAACAAGCCUGAAGCCAAAUCGGAACCUGGGCUGCAUCUGCAGGGGCAUUACUAGCAGAGAAAGAGAGAGAUGGGAUCAUCCUGUUCUACUCAGUGCUGUGUCCAGUUCUGGUCCCCACAAGUCAAGAAGGACGUGGACAGAUGGGAGACGGUCCAAAGGAGAUGGUCAGAGGGCUGGAGAACCUGCCCUAUGUGGAAAGGCUGAAGGAGUCAGGUGUCUUCUCCCUGGAGAAGAGAAGGCUCAGGUGGAACCUCAUCAUGGUUUUCCAGUACUUAAAGGGCAGCUGCAAAGAGGACAGAGGGUCUCUCUUCACAAGGAGCCACAUGGAGAAGACAAGGGGCAGUGGGUACAAGUUGCACUGGGAGAAGUUUCAUCUCAAUGUAAGAAAGACAUUUUUUACAGUAACAACAAUAAUUCGCUGGAACAACAUCCCCAGGGAUGUGGUAGAGUCCCUGUUGCUGGAGAGUUUCAAGAUGUGACUGGACAAGGUGCUGAAUAAUCACAUGUUGGCUCCCUUUCCCAUGAGAGGUUGGACCAGACGAUCUUUCCCGAUCCCUUCCAACCUGGGCUGUUCUAUGGUUCUCAUUUUCCAGAAUUCCUUUCUUUAUUUUCCUUUUACGUUUUUUAAAAAAACCAAAACAACCCAAGGAACACUCAGUUUUAGUGGUAUAAAAUCUGUAAUAUAGAAUUUCUGGGGCAUAUGUUUCCUCUUUUGUUCUGGUUUCUCAGUAAGGACAGUCCACUCGGAAGGACUCCUUAUUUUAUUCUCUGCUCUGGGAUGCUAUCUCAUGUAUUACAAUCCUGUUCCUAUUUUACUAAUCAUGGGAAAUACUGACAAUCAAUUGCACACUUGUAGAAAUGUUCAAAAUACGUGAUUGCUACAAAGAGUUUUGAAAACAAAAGCCUCUGAGAAGCAGGAUGAAGAAGCAGACCUAUUCUGGACAUCAAUCCAAACCCGAAAGCUCUCACAGCUGGAUGUGAGAAUGAUCAUUCUCUUAGAAAUGCUUCUUUAGAGACUUCAAAUAUUUGAAAGGGUCUUGGCCGGUGGCCUGUAGGUUGUGUUUGGCAUCCUUGGCUGGUUCCUCUGGCCUCUCCCAGCUGCCCUUGACACCCUGGGCAGAGUUGUCGCUCAGGUGUCGGGGACACAGGCACUGCUGCUUUCUCUCUUGGGUAUUUUUUGGGCACAGGCAGCCUGCCACAAAAAAGAGCUAUGUGAUCUGAGGAGGCUUAACGCAGCUGGAUGAACAAACAGGUUUUAAACCUUGUUCUCGGCGACAUGUUCACAUCCUGCUUAUCCAAACAUUUGUAAGGGACUCUAAUUACAUGAGUUACAAACUUAUUUUGUCUGGCUGGUAUGAAAAAGAUGAAGCUUUGAAGACUGGAGUCAAAGUCAAUAUUGACUUGUCUUGUUCUCUCUCCCAAGAGCCAGCAGCGCUUUGGCUUCAGCCUUUGACCUAAAUGUCCUUCAGAAGUCUUGCAGAAAUCAUAAGUGGAAAGGGAGAUACUGAAACCUACUAUUCUGGAUGUUGGAAAAACUAGAUAGGAGGGAAAAUAAUACUGAUACCCUCCUUAGAAAACCUUAAGAAGCGGUAAAGAGGAUGUGUACACACACCUUAGCUAUUCACCACUGGUAUGUUACUUUGAAAAGAUGAGAACCAAAAGCCACACUAUAUUCGUUAGCUUUACAUCCUGUAGUUAUUUAGUUUAUAUUUCCAAAAAUUGUGCUUGAAAUACAAAUUAUAUUGCUACUAGUAACGCUAAUAAUAUUGUGGCCAAAUAUAAGCCUCACACUGGGAUUAGUAGGAUUGAAGAUCACAGAUUGAUGGAAAAAGCCAGCACAUUUGGGGCAGGUCUUGCAAGCGGAAGACCCUACACCUUGAUUACAGGACAAAGUCCAUGCGGUUGCAGCUCAGUGCCUGUGCCGUUCCUUUUCCUGUUAGCCUGACAGGAAGAACUUUAAGAAACUCAGAAUGAGGAGGCGCAGACAGUAGGCAGCAGAACUGCCUAAACUUCGUGAAAGCAGAAGGAAGCAAAACUCUUGAGGUCAAAGCAUCUCGCCAUAGGAGCCAGAGGGUAUAAAAGACCUGUCCAAAACUAGUCUGUCCUUCUAAAUGAAGAACAACCCAGGAAUUGUAGCGAGGACUUGGCAGCUGUCGUCCUUUCACCCUCUGUGCUGUAUGUAAGUGAUCCUGGCUGGAUUACUUGGAUAUACUUGGUUCUUGUGGGUUUGAGUGGCCAGAACCACCUUAUGUAAAUAUUUUGUAAAAUAAGAUCACCCUCCCCUUUCCUAAGAUCUCACAGAGUUUUGUUGCACUAACUUAUUGCACCUUUCACUUUGCAAAUGACCCUCUGGUGGAUGUCAUGAUUAAAAUAGGUUGAGAAAAAAGGAAGCUUAUAACGGGUGGUGCUGGGCUUGCUGCUCUGGGAGGUGUUUGAGGCUACGCCUGGAUAUCUGUUGGUUAUGCUCCAGGAAUAAAUAAAACUGUGCUUUCUCGAGGUGGUCUGGAGGAGAGGGAAAGAAGGGCUUGAUUUAAAAUACUUUAGCAUAGUCUUCAAAUCCUGAUUUGAGCCACACAUAAAAUGAAGAGGAUUCAUGGCUGUACCUGCAAUUAGUUUUCAUCAGUAAAUAUCAAAAUAGGAAGUAGUCCUGUAGUUCUAGGAGGAACAUCUCUCUAGAUGCAAGUCUUUAACCAGAAUGAAAAUUCAGUAUAUUAAAACCACCAGUGCUUUGACUGCAGCCCAGGAAUCUGUUUUUUUUGUGCUAGCAAUCUAUUUUGGCUGAGUUUUCCUAUUGUAGCCUGGCAGAAUGUGAUCCUUGCUUUUAUUUCCCUGCCAGCUCCAAAUGUUAAACUGGAUGAGGUCCUCAACAUUGUUCUGUUUCAGGUUACCUGAUGUGCAUGGCAAGCUCUAAUCCAUCAAAUUAUACAAGAAAAAUGAUACUGCUUUGUUCAAGGAAUGAACUGGGAGCUUGCACAGCGUUAGCUAGUGAGUGCUACAAUGAAAGCUUGAGUCCAGAUGCUUUCUGUCUAUGCCAUGGGACGGCUGCCUUCCCUUGCUCUGUCUUGUAUAAUAUUGCUCAAGGAACUACAGGUAGAGCAGCAUUUAAUCUUUACUUUUGCAAAGCAGAAUUACUUGGCAGAAGCGUGCUAUCAUCUCAGUAGGUCUGCUCUUUAUCCUGCCUGCUGUGUUGAGCACGCGUUGGAGAUGAAAACACAGCUGCCACACUGUGUUGUGAACACUGAUAGCUGUUGCUCGGAUAAGUUUUGGUAAAUCACAUGCAUUAUUGGUGACCUGGCAUUAUGUUGUGCAGUGUGGUUGAGGUGAUGCUCUAAAUAGCUAGCUUAAAAAAGGGUGUGUACUGUUGGUUGUAAACAUUUGGAUGGCCAUUGUGAACUUAGGGUUGAACUAGGGUCAUCUUAAUAAAUGGUCUUUUGUGUGUUUGAAACAAACUUCAUUUAGCAAUAGGAAUCUGUAAGCUUUCAUGUGCCAUUAUUUCCUAAUUUUCAAAUAUUUAAAGAACUUUGAAGCUUGAUCUGUUGAUAAAAAAUAUGCUGCACAUGUAAACUGUUUUCUCCAAAUGCAUCUUGGUUGGGAAAAAAACAAACUGGUUGCUUGUCCUUGAGAUUUAGAAACAUUGGCAACUUUUAUUGGAUAAAAUUCUUUUCUGAAGGUUAGAAGCCAAGCGUUUCUUCUGACCCUGAGUCUCACCUCCUGUGUUGAAACCGUGAACUUGAGACCAGUCAUCCUUUUUAACUUGGGUCGCCUGCGUGAGAUGAUCUGGAGCCUGUACAUCUUCUGAGAGGCUGAUACCAGAUGAAUACAUUUCACUGAUUCCCCUGAGUGCCCAGGAAGGUUUGUUUUACAGGGGGAAAAAAAACGCACUGAGCGACUGCCUCCCUGCUGCACCAAACUGAGCAUCCAGAUGCCAGAGCAUCCCCUGGCUCCAUCCACUACUGGCAGGAUCUCGAUCGUGCUCUUUUCCUUUGCUUUUUGGCUGCUUUAACAUGAGCUGGGCAAAAGGGAAAGAAAAAAACAGGGAUUUGCUGUUUCUAUGGAGAAGGCCAUGUGCUGUAAGGAAAAUACACAUUCUUGGGGUCAGACAUGACCCCAAGAUUUGAGUGAAACAUUUCACAUUGGCCUUUAAUUAUUGCUUUGGGCUUUGAGGAUCGUUCCCUGUGUAUUCUGAAUGGAAUAGACAGUUCUUUGUAAUUUCUGUUGUCUUUAUCUUAAGUGCUUUCCUUUUUGUGAACGGCAAUGUCUUUAAACGGCCAGAUGAGCAAGCAGUAAAAUGGUUGCAUGAAACAAGCAAGCAGUACAUGGAAAAACAAAUCAUAAAUGCUUUGACUGCUGUGUUGUUAGGAUCUUUCUGUAAUUCAGUGACUUGGAAUGGGGCAAGCAGCAUGUCAAAACUUUAUAAUUGUGCUCCAAUUUCAGAUGGAUCUUUAGUGAUCCUUUAAGACUGAAAGAAUAAAGAGGCAAAACUUUAAAAUUGACACCUGCGGCUUGGAGUCAGCUGAUCUGACUCUGCAAAAGGAUGUUUUUUGUACCCUUAGCAAGCAACAGUGCGUGGCAGACUUUAGAAAUGAGGCAUCCCGAAGCUGGAAAGUCGUUGCAGUUGCAGCUCCAAGGCAGUAACCCAUGGGGAAAGGGUAUGUGUUUGCAAUAAGAGUAUGUUUAUUUAGUCCUGCUCCUGCCAUUUCUGCUAGCUACAGCCAAGUCUCUUUCUGGUAGCUGUGAUGGCAAAAGAACUUGACCUGUUUCCAUUUCCAGAGUUGCCUUUUAAGCGCGAGGUUAGCAGUUUCUCUUACCUCAUCUUCUUUGCUCCCAAAGGAUCCAGGAAUCAUUUUUUCUGCUGCAGGUUGCUUUGGCUACUGCUCAGCUUCACACCGGCCCUAGUGAGGGAUGAUACAGGGGUCAUUCUUUUCCUUUCUGCUUACAGGUUUCUGAGCAGAUGGUGGGACAGCCCAGACCCUUGGCCUCUUCCUUCCAAGGCUGGUUGGGAAAGGGAGGCAGCAGCUGUGGAUUUGCCACCUUGGGAGAACAGCACUGCAUUGGUUUGCCGGGAACUGGCCAUAGGUCUCCACCAGCAAGAAGUGGCCAUCGUUGCGUGGCAGAUAGUGCCAACUUGUAUGUGUUUGGAGGCUACAAUCCUGACUACGAUGAGUCCGGUGGGCCAGAGAAUGAAGACUACCCGCUCUUCAGGGAACUCUGGCGAUACAACUUUGCUACAGACACCUGGCAUCAAAUGGGCACUGAAGGGUACAUGCCCAGGGAACUAGCCUCCAUGUCACUUGUAUUGCAUGGCAACAACCUGCUUGUGUUCGGGGGCACCGGGAUCCCCUUUGGGGAGAGCAACGGCAAUGACGUCCAUGUCUGCAACGUCAAGUACAAAAGAUGGGCUCUGCUCAGCUGCCGAGGAAAGAAACCCAAUCGAAUCUAUGGCCAGGCCAUGGCCAUUAUCAAUGGUUGUCUCUACGUGUUUGGAGGAACAACUGGUUACAUUUACAGUACUGACCUACAUAAGCUAGACCUCAACACUAGAGAGUGGAUCCAGCUGAAACCAAACAAUAUGUCAUGUGACAUGCCAGAGGAGAGAUACAGACAUGAAAUCGCACAUGAUGGUCAACGGAUUUAUAUCUUGGGAGGUGGAACUUCCUGGACAGCUUAUUCCUUAGAUAAGAUCCAUGCAUACAACCUUGAAACCAACACCUGGGAGGAAAUUGCCACAAAACCUCAUGAAAAAGUUGGCUUCCCAGCAGCCAGAAGAUGCCAUAGCUGUGUUCAGAUAAAAAAUGAUGUGUUUGUUUGUGGAGGCUAUAAUGGAGAAGUGAUUCUGGGAGAUGUUUGGAAGCUGAAUCUGCAAACUUUCCAGUGGGUCAAGCUCCCAGCUGCCAUGCCGGAACCAGUGUAUUUUCACUGUGCUGCUGUCACACCAGCCGGCUGCAUGUAUGUUCACGGAGGGGUGGUCAACAUCCAUGAAAACAAACGGACUGGCUCUCUGUUUAAAAUGUGGCUGGUGGUACCCAGUCUGCUGGAACUGUCGUGGGAGAAGCUACUGGAAUAUUUCCCUCAUCUAGCAACUCUCUCCAGAUCUCAGCUUUUGCACCUUGGACUGACGCAGGGACUCGUUGAGCGACUAAAAUGAGAACAUCUCAUGCUUCUGUCCAAGACACACUACGUUCAAGAAGCCCCCUCCUACCCCCUAUUUAUGGAUACCAUGGAUGGUCUUGCUAAGAACAUGGAGGAACCCGCUCAGCGCCUUACUCAGCAAAUACAUUGAUGCCUUUCUAGAAAUUUUUACUUUAAGUUGUUGAAAAUCCAGUUUUUAUUUAUGGAUAUCUAAAUUACACCAUUAAUCAAUAAUACUCACUGGGACUAAUCCAUAACAUCCAGCCAUCAAACUGUCAUCAGCACAUGCUUGCAACUUAAUUGGGGAGGGUGGGGAACUUUGCGAAUGUCUGAGCCCAUGCUUACACGUGGCCCAUUCAACCUAGUAUUUUCACAAGAUGUAUCUAACAGGACAUUCAAUGCAGAACAACAGCCAACCUGUUCUUUUGCUUUAGAUAACACUCAUACCCCUAAUGCCCAGCUGAGCUCUCCCCCUAUAAAACCAAGAACUCCUUCCGCUUGAAGGCUUUGCAUGUGUUUCAUGGGCAUGUUCCCAUCUCUUUGAGCUUCAGAAGACGGCUGGAACGUCACACGGGGCAGUGAGCGAAGCUUUGCCUGUGCAGCUUUUCUGGUGCAGUGUGCAGUGAUUUGAAACACCCCGUGUCUGUGUCCCUCACCUUUUCAUAUUGAAAGGUUUGCUUGGAAGACUGGUUAAAAGUUGCCACUUAAUGGACUACUGUGUAGUUUACUUGGGGUGGUGAGGGGAGGGGAGGGAAGAGGUUUUGCUGAAUCUUUUUUUAACCUUUUCGGCUCACAUUGCGCUCUGAACAAGCUAACAGUGAAAACUCACCCUGUAGAUUUCAGAGCUGUCUUUUAACCUGUAGUGUGUUGUACCCAGCGCUUGGGUGUGAGCCACCCAUGCCAGCUCAAGUCCUGGUUAUCAGCACCUGACUCUAACGUGUACCAGUAAGCUUUUUGUUUUCCUUCCUCCCACACAUCACAUCAGCUUUUUUCUAGUUAGCUUUGUGUUCCUCCGGGGGUGAGGGAUGUUAUUGCUGCAUGUGGUUUUAAUAUGGAUCCUUGGAAACUCAUGGAUCACUCAUCCCAGGAAACACAGCCUCAAGAAAAGGAGAGAGGGAACAUCUCUCCCUCUUGCUGUGAGCAGUGGUCAUCUCUGCACAGGCAGGAGAGGAAGGGAUGUCUGUCUAUCUCUUGUCUUGCUGUGCUUGAUAUACUGUGAAAUUUGCUCCAGAGACCAUGUGUAAGUGGCCAUCAAACUCUGAGCAGCUCCAGUGGGCUGGCAUCAAGUUUGUGCAAAAUUCUUUUUAUUUGAAGACCAUUUUUUAAGUGCCUUUUUUUUUAAAUCAGCUUUUCCUAGUACCUUCCUCUUCCAUCAUCAAAGGCAAGGGUUAGACUGUGGGGUUUUAGUUUCUUUUUAAGAGAUUGCAUUUAUUAUGUUUAAAUAAACCAUAGCAUUGUAUUCACAUUGUUAAUCUGAACAGCGCUGGCUGAUUGAG